GUUGAGUUUCAUUCUUCUAAAAAACUGAAAUCAACCAAUUAACUGUAUCAACUAGGAAAGAUAGCGUGCAGAAAUGUGUUGAAAGAAACCUGUCCCUCUCAGCCUCAGUUAUCAAAGUCUUUAUAACCCUGGCCAUUAGUCAUCACAAACAUUUCAGUUCUUCCAAGCCAUCAUUAAUAAAUAUAUCAACAUUGUCCAAUGUCCAAUAUUUUGUUUCACCCACUCCAUAGGCAUGAGGCAUACAUAUGAACUCAAAUUCAAUCUGUUAGAUCAGUUACUAUAAAUAGAAUCAACCAACCCCUUGCUUGUUUUUUGUUCCUCUCUUCUGUUGUUAUUUUAAUCAUAGGUAGGAAUAAAAGGCGUAUGGUUUUGUCUUAUUGAGUGACACAAGAAGCUCCUUGUGAUACCAGACCCUACAAAUAGUACAACACAGGCAUUAAUAGAUACUGGGUGAGAUCAACCUCUCUCUGGAGUCAACAUCUGCUGCUAUACUUGUAAGAUAUUACAACACUUUUGAAACACUGCCACUUGUUUUUUGGAUUCUGAAUCUAGCAAGUGGAACUAAGGAAGGUUGCUUUUGGAAUAUAGGGCCUACUUGUUUUGCUUUCGUUGAACGUUCUACAAUCAAGAAAAUGGAGAUUUAGAGAGAGGAGAGGGAGGUUCAUAUUGAGAAUUUUGGAUCUAUAUAUGAUAAGGUUUGGUGGUUAUUUUCCUGAACCCAAAGAACAAGGAAAUGUUGACGGAGAACUUCAAAGAACAGCUUGCUUUGUCUGUGAGAAGCAUCCAGUGGAGCUAUGCAAUAUUCUGGUCUACUUCAUCUACCCAACCCGGGGUGUUGAGUUGGGGGGAAGGAUAUUACAAUGGAGACAUUAAGACAAGGAAGACAAGUCAAGGAGUGGAACUCAAUUCUGAUCAGAUAGGGUUGCAGCGGAGUGAGCAGCUUCGAGAGUUAUACAAGUCCCUCAAAACUGUAGAAGCCAGCCCUCAAACAAAAAGGCCUUCAGCAGCACUGUCUCCAGAGGAUCUCACAGAUACAGAAUGGUACUAUUUGGUUUGCAUGUCCUUUGUAUUCAACAUUGGCCAAGGGUUACCAGGAAAGGCUCUUGCAAAAGGUGAACCAAUUUGGCUGUGUGAUGCUCCUUCUAGUGAUUGUAGAGAUUUUAGUCGCUGUCUUCUGGCUAAGAGUGCAUCCAUUCAGACAGUGGUGUGCUUUCCUUUUAUGGAUGGGGUCAUUGAGCUGGGUACAACUGAUCAUGUCUCAGAAGAUCUCAGUCUCAUUCAACAGAUCAGAACUUCCUUCUUGGAUAUUCUUGAUGUCGGUGUUCAUAAUGUACAUGGAGCAUUUAAUGUGAAACAAUCUCAAGAAGUAGGAGGUGCAUUAAUCAGCAUAACUUCUCCUAAUAACAGUUCAAAUGCAUUUCAAGCCAAUCAACCACCAGAUGAAACACUCAUGGUUGAAAGGAUAAAUAAUGGCACCUCUCAAGUCCAAAGUUGGCAAAUUAUGGAUGAUGAAUUGAGCAAUGCUGUUCAUAAUUCUAGUGACUGCGUAUCUCAAACUCUUCACAGUCCUGAGAACGUUGCUUCCCUUCCAAAGGGUGAAAACCUCACUGAUAGUGCCAAAGACCUUCAAAAGUGCAAUAACUCAAAAAUGACAUUAGUUGAUCCUCGAAGCGAUGAUUGGCAUUAUCAGAUGGUUCUUUCUACCCUUCUAAAAAGCUCAGACCAGUUAAUCAUGGGGAUGCAUUUUCAAAAUUUUCAUCAGGAAUCAAGCUUUUCAAGUUGGAAGAAAGCUGGGUCAGUGAGCUACCAAAGGCCAAGAACUGGAGGAAGCUCACAAGCUUUAUUGAAGAAGGUAUUGUUUGAAGUUCCUCGGAUGCACUUGGAUGGGAUACUUGAGUAUCAAGAAGAGAAUGACUUUAAAGAAGCAGUGAGAACAGAAGCUGAUGAAAAUGGCAUGAACCAUGUUUUGUCAGAGAGAAGGAGAAGAGCAAAACUAAAUGAAAGGUUUUUAACCCUUAGAUCAAUGGUCCCUUCAAUUACUAAGGAUGACAAAGUUUCGAUACUAGAUGAUGCAAUAGAAUACCUUAGAAAGCUUGAAAAAAGGAUAAAAGAGUUGGAAGCUCAUAAGGAUCUAACAGACAGAGAGGCUAGAACUAAAAGAUCACCUCAAGAUAUGGUGGAGAGGACUUCUGAUAAUUAUUUUAACAAAACGGAUAAUGGCACUAAAUCGAUGGCGAAAAAGAGGAAGUCUCGUGACAUAGAUGACACCAGGCCAGAGAUUAAUUCAGAAUCUUUACUAAAAGGAAGUUCUACUAAUGAUGUUGCUGUUAACAUCAAUGAGAAUUAUGGAAGCAGUUAGCAGUCUCAGAUUGAAUUUUCAUUCGGUUCAGUCCAGCGAAGUUGAUGGGAAACUUUAUUUUACCCUUAUAUCUAAGCUCACAGAGCCAACUAUUGUAUCAGCAAAAAGGAUCAAACAAACACUACAAAAUGUGGCUUUCAAGUGUUGA